AGUCAACUACGCAUGUUUCCCCACACAGUAGAUGCUACGCGCAUGUCAGAUGGGAAACUUGUUUCCAUCAAGCGCAUCCGUACUGGCAGCACGGAGUCGCGUAUCGCCACGAUACUGUGCAGCCCGCCUCUGAACGACGACCCGACCAAUCAUUGUGUACCAAUCUUGGACAUGUUCGAAGAUGACGAGGAUGCGGUAGCGUCCUAUAUGGUUAUGCCGUUUCUGCGCCAUUUCGAUGAUCCUCCCUUCGAGUGUGUCGACGAUGUUCUCGACUUCGGUGAACAGAUGCUUGAGGGACUGUCUUUUCUUCACAAAAACGGGGUGGCGCAUCGAGAUGGCUCUUACGCUAACCUGAUGAUGGACGGCGGCCCAUUACUUCCUCAAGGCUUUCAUCCCACGAGAACCGCGUUUCUCCCUGACUGUCGGACGGUCGCGUGGCCAUUGUCGCGCUCACACAAUCCAGUCAAAUACUACUUCAUCGACUUCGGCCUCUCUGUGUAUAUCCCGUCGGAUGUGCAGCCUAAGCUUACGACCGGCUGCUAUGGCCGCGAUCAGGAGCCGCCCGAGCUAUCCGACAUGAAUCCCUAUGAUCCCUUCAAACUCGACAUAUACACCAUGGGCAAUGUCUUCUGCAAGGACUUCUACGAUAAAUUCAACAAUGUCGGCUUCUUACAUCAAAUAAUUGAAGCAAUGGCGCGCGAAAACCCGGGAAAGCGGCCCAGCGCUGCCGAAGCCUUGGAGCAGUGGCAGCAUAUGCGCAAGCAGGAAUUGACAGAGGAGCCACCAUUCGGAGUGACUUGGCUCCAGACCGCAGCUCCAGAUAAGAGCCUCCUUGUUCCGAAGAGUCCACGAUACACGUACCGGGUGUCCCACGCGAAUAUGUCCGCACUGUUCUCACGGCAGGACUCUGAAGGCGAACUCCGAUGUAUGCAGGCUGCCAUGGGCCCGUGGUCAGCGCUUCAGCCCCGGCAUCCAUGUAAGUAGGACGCUUCUUUCCGCAGAACUUCGGAGGCAUGACACUAUGGCGUGUGCGGUGCACGUUGCCAGCGAUCUCCGUAUGACGCUUAUCAUCGGUGGACUCGUGCCGUGGUCGUGCGUCGCCCUUGUGUCGUUAGGUGACUACCCAACCACGUCAGCAUGGCAUCCAAUCACUCCGUUCAAUUAACCGACACCAUUUGCAUACCGAAUCAUACGCAUUCAAACGCUUGAACACUAGAGUUGCGCUGAAAAUUGAUAUAACAUUUCUGUUUUCCUAACAAACAAGGCGACGACUAAUUUCUG